AUGGCUUUAUCUAGCAUACCGGUGCGCGAGUUGGAGCUCUAUUCAACAGGGCUGAACCUGGGUACCAGCCGUGAAUGGUCUACCCCUCGGGGAUUCCUACUCGAGUUAACUACUGCACUUCCUCAUCUGAUUCGGUUGGAGGUCAUGCUGAGAAACGAGGGCGAAAGGGAGCUGGUAGAUACUCUGACAGAGGCAGUCCACAAUUUCAUCACUCACCUCAAGGACUUGCAAUGUUUUGUCAUAAAAACAAACCUGGAAUCGUCCCCAUCGUAUACCACCUAUCUGACUGAGAGGGAGGAAGUUCAACUGUGUCGGACAUGGCGCAGUUCCUGCUCGGAUCUAAAUGAAGUCGAGUACCUCUCGGGCCGACGAUGGAAAUUAUUCGGAGACCAAUGGCUUCAAUCGUAUUCUCAACCAUAUUCUAAUAUUAGCGUAGAAAGACCGUGGAUGAGGGACUUGAAACCUCCACGGGCAACUUCCGCGCCUCUAUAA